GAUCUUCGGCCGACCCCACCCUCCUCUCUGCACCCCUCCCCUCCCCAAUCGUAGUUUGCGGGCGGAGAGGUUUGCAGGUUGGGUCCCGCCUGCCCCUUUGACCCGCCUGCCCGAGAAAUCGGCUGCUUUUGAUAUCUGCCGCCGCUUCUUGAGAAGAGCGCAGAAGGAAGCGCAGGACGAGCAAGGUCGCUUGCGAAGAGAGCCGGCGGGGGAUCCACUGAUUUCCUUUGCAAAGACGUGACAUCUUCUUCCACAGUGGCUGAUGGAGGCUCCUGUGUGCCUGAUUGAGAACAGGAGAAAUCGGCUCCAUGCUUCUUCAGAGGCCCUCCAGAUGCUCUCGGAAAUCCGGAAGCCGGUGGUGGUGGUGUCCAUCGUGGGACUGUAUCGCACGGGCAAGUCCUACCUGAUGAACAAGCUGGCUGGCAAAAAUUCAGGUUUCUCUUUGGGCUCCACAGUGCAAGCCAAAACGAAAGGAAUUUGGAUGUGGUGCGUUCCCUAUCCAGACAGGCCUAACCAAACCCUUGUUCUGCUGGAUACUGAGGGGUUAGGUGACAUAGAAAAGGGCAGUUCUAAAAAUGAUACCUGGAUCUUCGCUUUGGCCGUGUUGCUGAGCAGCACCCUGGUCUACAACAGUGUGGGGACCAUUGAUCAGAUUGCUCUGGACAAGCUUCAUUUUGUGACGGAUCUGUCUGAACAUAUCAAGGCAAAGGCUUCCUCCACUCCUGAAGAUACAGACGACUCUUCUGAAUUUGUCGGCUUCUUCCCAAGCUUUGUCUGGUCCGUGCGAGAUUUCGCACUGCAGCUGGAACGGGAUGGGCAACCCAUUACGGAGGAUGAAUAUCUGGAACAUGCUCUGGAAUUAAAAAAAGGUAACAGUAAGAAGAAGCAGAUGUUCAAUCUGCCACGGAGAUGCAUCCGACUGUUUUUCCCCACCCGGAAGUGCUUCGUCUUUGAUUCUCCUACCAAAAGUAGGAACUUACCCUAUCUGGAAAAGAUGUCGGAUAAUCAGCUGGAGCCUGAAUUUGUGGAACAAACCAAGAAAUUCUGUUUUUAUAUCUUCGCGACAUCUCAAGAAAAGACUCUACCUGGCGGGCAUGUUGUCACCGGCAACUUGUUGGCAAAAUUGGUCGAGACCUAUGUGGAUACUAUCUCCAGUGGGAAUGUUCCCUGCCUUGAGGACACAGUCUCGGCCUUGGCAGAGAUUGAGAACAGGGCAGCCGUGCAGGAAGCUGUUGCUCGCUAUGUGCAUCUGAUGGAGCAGAGCUUGGAGCUACCCACUGACAGUCUCCAGGAACUUCUGGACAAACACAAAAUAUGUGAGGAACAAGCCCUCCAGGUGUUCAUGGCUCGUGCUUUCAAGGAUGAUAAACGUCAGUUCCAGCUUGAAUUCAUGAAAACUGUGGAAAGCAAGAAGGAAGAAUAUUGCCAGAAAAAUAAGGAGAUAUCUUCUGAAAUCUGUUUCGCUUUAUUAAGCUCACUCUCUGAGGGCUUGGAGGAGAACAUCAAGAAAGGAAGCUACUCCCGAGCUGGUGGCCACCAGGAAUUUCUUAAUGACCUCCAAAAAGUGGAGAAACAAUUCUUUGAGACGCCCAAGAAAGGAAUAAUGGCAUGGAGGAUCCUGAAAGGAUUCCACCGGAGCAAGGAAGGCAUCAGCAAAACCAUCCUUCAAUGUGACGUAACCCUUCAAAUGAAAGAGAAGGAAAUGGCAGAUGAAAAGAUGAAGGCCAAAGCCAAAGAGUUAGACAAGGAGGUUCAGAAGCGGGAUAAAGAAAUGUUGAAACAGAAGUUGGAGGACCACAGACUGAGUCGGGACAUGAACCUUCAGAAGCUAAAGGAGAAGAUGGUGGAAGAAAAGCGACAGAUGCUGGAAGAGUAUGAGAAGAUGAUCGAAAGCAAACUCAGGGAACAAAAAGCUUUAUUGGAAGAGGGUUUCGAAAAGGAAGCCAGUCAACUGAACGAGAAGAUCGAGGAGCUGAGAAAGAAAAAAGAAGAAAUGGAAAAACCGAGUUGGAUUUCUUCAGCUUUGGACAACCUGAGAACUGCGAUCCGUGAAAAAUUAGCAAUAAUUCAUGAUGAGGUUGUGGAACCGGUUGUAGACAAGUUCAAAAAUCUCAUCAAGAAUAUAACCUCAAAAGCCUGAUCAAGUGCUUUUCCAUCCUAAAAAAUGACCAGGCUGCAUUCUUACUAGAGUUACUUUAGAUACGUUCUGUAAAUUUAAAUUCAUAGCGUGCAAAAUCAUUCGCAGACUUUAGGGAAAUUACUUUAAGAAAUUUGUGAUUUAGCAUUUCAAGGCUUUGUAGGCGUUUGGGUGUCACAAAUUGAGUUCAAAUUUUAUGUUAAGCUCCUGCUGUUUUAAUCUUGAUAUAUUAAGACAUGUUUGGGAGGGUUUCAUAUAUAUGACAUCUAGGCCAAUCACUUAAAAUCCCAUUGCAUAACUCUCUUUGCUUUCCUUUACAAUAUACCGGUAGUUCAGUGCAUCUCAACCUUGGUAACUUUAAGAUAUGUGGAUUUCAACUGCCAGAAUUGCACUGAUACAAAUUUUUACGUAUUUUCUUUAGUAACAAGUGUUGUUGUCUUGCCUGAUGAGCCCACUGGCACUGCAGAAGUUUCAUAAACCAGAACUCCAAAAACCUUCUUCAGGUUCAAAGUUCUUCUUCUUUUUUUUUACUUUCGCUUUUAAGCCAUGCCUUUUCACCUUGUUCUUAAUUCUGUUUUUAACUUCUGCUUAUCCCAUUGGAUAACUACGUUUAGUGUUUUGGCAUUGCAACCAAACCGCAUGAAGGAAGUUCUUGCUUUACGGAGUGAUAGAGAAAAACAUAACACAGAAGUGAGACCACUGGUAGAAACAAAUGGCAGAGGCAGUUCUAAUUCUUAGCAAUGCAAUUCCUACAGAAGCAAAACAGCAAGUCAAACCAAUUCUACUGACUCUACUAUUACGUAGAGUCUGAAAUCCAUGAAUGAAAUAUGCAACGAGAGGGAUUUACCGUAUUUUUUGGAGUAUAAGAUGUACAUUUUGUCCCCCUAAAAGAGGGUGAAAAUUUGAGUGCGUCUUAUACACAGAGUGUAGCCCCGCCCAGCCUCUUAAAGGAAGGUCCACUGCAACUACAUCACAAAAAAGGCUUUAAGAGUUGUAAACUUAAUCUUGCAUAGCUUCUUCUCCAGAAACACUACACUACUAACCAGAGCAUAUAAAACAUUUGUUAGACCAAUUCUUGAAUACAGCUCACCUGUCUGGAACCCAUACCUCAUUUCGGACAUUAAUACAAUUGAAAAUGUCCAGAAAUAUUUUACAGGAAGAGUUCUCCACUCCCCUGAUUAAAACAAAAUACCUUAUCCACCAGACUUGAAAUCCUGGGUUUAGAAAAUUUAGAACUCCGCCGCCUUCGACAUGACCUGAGUUUAACUCAUAGAAUCAUCUGUUACAAGGUACUUCCUGUUGAAGACUACUUCAGCUUCAAUCACAACAAUACACGAGCACACAAUAGAUUUAAACUUAAUGUGAACCGCUCCAAUCUUGAUUGCAGAAAAUAUGACUUCAGUAACAGAGUUGUUAAUACUUGAAAUACACUACCUGACUCUGUGGUCUCUUCCCAAAAUCCCCAAAGCUUUAACCAAAAACUAUCUACUAUUGAUCUCACCCCAUUCCUAAGAGGUCUGUAAGGGGGCGUGCAUAAGAGCACCAGCGUGCCUACCGUUCCUGUCCUAAUGUUCCCUUUGAUUAUAUCCAAUUUCAUAUAAUUAUGACAUACUUAUGCUUAAAUAUAUGCUUAUAUAUCGUAUAGUUAUUUCAUGCCUAUGCCUAUAUAUACUGUUGUGACAAAUAAAUAAAAUAAAUAAAAAAUAAAGGUUUCAGAGGCUGAAAAAAUGGAGAUUUCAGGGGCUGGAAAAAAAAGAAAGGUGCAGAGCUCACAACCAACAAACCUGUUGCUAAAGUUUGCCUUAUUUUCAGGGAGGUCUUAUUAUUUUGGGGCACGUGAAGCAAGACAGGGUUCCUCUUGCCAUCUUACUUGAUUUCCAGCUCUGUCUCCCUAACCCUAACCAGAGGAAAUGGCUGUGCAUGUGUUUAAAUAUUUUCGGGGAGGGCUUAUUUUUAGGGGGUCUUAUUUUAGCACAUGCACUCAAAAGCCCGAUUGGUCUUAUUAUCAGGGGAUGUCUUAUUUUUGGGGAAGCAUUGUAGAUAAGGAUAAAAAUAUGUGCCUAUCAAACUGCCUUGGUAUAUACAAUAUAACCGCAUAAGUUGGUUUCCUUAGUUUUUUACAUUCUCCAUUACGAACAGGGUAGAAGGAAAAUGCCCACUUCAAAUGAUUCAGUUAUUUGUCAAAACAAGC